UGCGUGUGUGUGAGUUGCUGAACCCGCGAGCCGUCAGCCGUCAUGUCGGGUAGGUCGGUGCGCGCAGAGACCCGGAGCAGGGCCAAAGAUGACAUCAAGCGGGUUAUGGCCGCUAUCGAGAAAGUACGAAAAUGGGAGAAGAAAUGGGUGACAGUGGGCGACACAUCACUGCGUAUUUAUAAAUGGGUUCCUGUAGCAGAGUCAAAGUCAGACGAUAAAAAUAAAAACAAGAAGAAUGGACAGGAUGAGAAAUAUGGAUCAGAGGUCACCACUCCCGAAAAUAGCUCCUCCCCAGGAAUGAUGGAUAUGCAUGAUGAAAACAGUAACCACAGCUCCAUCGCCGACUCCUCACCUGUGAAGCAGGAGGCCAACAGUCAUGGCAGCCCUGGGCCUGAGCUCAGUGGCUCCACCCAGAGGGAGAGCAGCGACACUGCAGCCCCUAAAGAGGAGGCUGGCGUGACCCACACAGAUGGUGCUGAUGCCAGGAAAGAACAGGCCGAGGAUCAGGGCAGUGACAGUCAGACUUCGGGCACUGAGACAGUGAAAAGCAGAUCGGCAGAAAACUCUGUGAUUGUUGUGACCAAACGAAGUCCCCAAGCCUCUAGGGGGCAGGACCUCCCCUCAGAUGCAACGAAAGACACUCAGGAAUUAGAGGAAGGCCCUCCAACUAAGAAGACCAAACAGGAAUCACCUUCUAAGGAGCCUAAGGAAGAGAUAUAGAUCAGCCUUAGCUGCUUUCAACAGUGUAGAUGUAUCUUCCUCAAUAGUAUGGGUGCAUCCUGGCAUAGGCUACCUCUCCCAUAAGACAGGCACCACACUUUCACACGAGUCCUGUUAAGGCCACAUAAUUCACUCCUCUCUAGAACCCUUCAGUGUUAUCUGUUCUAUUCUGGACAUACAGAGGUGUGACAUGUAGAAAAAUGAGUAUAUUUUUCCACCAGAUCAGGUUAACAUUUCCAUCAUGCCAUCAUUCUCGUUCCCCAGCAGCGUACGAGCGUACGAUGAUGCAGCAUCGAUGCAGCGUACGAGUUCAACCCAAUUAGAUGACAUAAGUGGCAUAUAUACACCAAUUUGCCUCAGCUAUAGAAGUACAUCCAGUGCUCAGUGGUAGAACGAGACCUUGUGUUAGCCUCACAUCUGAGAGACUGCAGUCCCCCGGGUAUAAACACACAAAUGAAAUACAUUUUUAUCUGUGGCACUUACUGCAGAUGACUUAUGCCUCAGGGGGUUCUGUGUUAAAUUAGGUUCCGUUGUUUAACCAUCGCCUAACAGCAGUCUAUAAUGAAGUGAAUAUAUCCUAGUGAUACAAAAUUAGAGGUAAUUAGCAUUUGUAGUGUUCUCAUUAAGGGUUGGUGCGCCCAGUAUGACUUUAAUAAAUCUGUGUUCAGUACUCUUGU